AUUCUGGUGAUAAGGUCGAUUCUCUUACUUCUGAAAUCGGGCGGAAAUAUGAAAAAAUUCUCUUCCCCGCCGGUUCGGUUCAGUUUGAUGGCCUUAAUUACCUACUUUGGUCCCAAUCUAUGAUGAUCGGUAUUGCAUCGGGAGAAUGUACUGGUUUUAUCACAGGGGAGAAACCAAGACCUACUACUCCUCCGACGGCCCUCUCGAGAUGGUUGGCUGAAGAUGCCUCUGUAAAGGCAUUUCUUUUGAAUCAUAUGACUGAUGGUAUUCGUAAACAAUAUGUUUUUAUGCAGACAGCACGGGAUAUUUGGGUAUCAAUUAAGGAUACCUAUUUCGAGACAGGAAAUGAUGUUCAGAUUUAUGAAUUGAUGAAGAAGAUCCGGGAACUUCGACGGGGAGAGAGCAGUGCUGGAAACUUCAUGGAAAACCACCAGGAAUCGGCAAGGGCAAAGGCGUGAAUAAGGGUCGUUCACAAGCUCAUGAAGCCGAGGUGGUUGGGCUAGCUAGUUC